CUCUGUUAACAGAUUUCCUUAUCGAUAAUUGCUUUAUCUUUGGUUAAAACCAAACAAGCAAACAUUCAAUUUUUUUUCAAAAAUGCUUGAACCAUCAUCAUCCGAAGAUGAAAAUGAAACAACAACAACCAUAACUAUUGCUGAUAAUGAUAAUAUCAAUAAUAAUAAUGAUACAUCAAGUGCUAUAUCAUCAUCAAGAUUAUCUGAUGGUGGUGGUGUUAAUGGCGGUGGUAGUGGAGGUGGUAGCGGUGGUGGUGGGCGUCAUUCAACGCCCAAUAUUUAUCUUAAUCCUCAUCAACAACAACAAUUGUCCACAACAACAACAAAUUAUUGUAAUAAUAAUAAUCAUUAUCGAAGUAUAUCGCCUUGUAUUGAACCAAAUGCUCAACAACAACAACAAAAAACAAAUUAUCAUUAUCAACAACAACAACAACAACAAAAUUCAAAUCAACAACAACCAUCAUCAAAUGAUAAAUUAUUAUUACCAAUAAGAGCUUCAUUAGCACAAAUGCGUGCUACAAGUCCAAAUCCACCUGAACGUUUAAUAGAAUCACCAUCAUCAUCAAAUCAAAAUCAAAAUAAUAAUGAGCUUGAACAAUAUGAAAAUGAUGAUGAAAAAGCUGAACGUGAAGAAAUGGAAAGGAAAACAAAAUUACAACUUUAUGUUUUUGUUUUACGUUGUAUAGCAUAUCCAUUUAAUGCAAAACAACCAGAUUUAAAUAAAAGAGAAUUAAAAAUUACCAUUCAUCAAUUGGAACAAAUUAUUAAUCGUUUUCAAUCAUUUUUGAAUGGUGAAUUAAAUAUUCAAACAGAUGAUUCAUUUACACAUGCUAUACAAAAUUAUUUUGAUGCAUUUUUACGUAGUAAUCGUUUACAUAUGUUGGUUGUUAGUGGUGCUUGUUCAACACAAGAUUUUCGUGAAGUAUUUCGUCGAAAUAUUGAAAAACGUGUACGUAGUUUACCGGAAUCCGAAGGAAUUACCAAAGAAUUAAUCAUAAGUCAAUGGUUGACGAAAUUUGAUCAAAUAUUUCGUAGUAUUAUUGAUUGUACAAAUAUUGAUUCAGAUUCAUCAAUGAUUUCAUCAUCAGGAAAUACCGGAUCAGGAUCAACAAAUAAAUUGAAUUCAACAAAAAAUAUUAAUCUUACAGCUAAAGGACGACUAUUGAAUCUAAGUUCCGAAAUGAUACUAAGUAAAGAACAACUUUAUGAUAUGUUUCAGAAUAUUUUGAAAAUAAAAAAAUUUGAACAUCAAUUAUUAUAUAAUGCAUUACAACUUGAUUCAGCCGAUGAACAAACAGCAGCAAUUCGUCGUGAAUUAGAUGGCCGUAUACAAAAAUGUGCAGAAAUGGAAAAAAAUCGUAAAUUAUUGCCAAAAUUUGUCCUAAAAGAAAUGGAAAGUCUUUAUACGGAUGAAGUACAUUCAUCAAUUAAUCAAUUAAUGGCCAAUCUGGAAAGUUUACCAAUAUCAAAAAGUAGUACAGAUAGCCGUUAUGGUUUACAAAAAUUAAAACGUUAUAAUAAUAAGUCGAAAAUACGGUCAACAUUAUUAUUUAGAAGUCAAGCAUCAUUGGCUAAAGAAGGUUUAGUCGAAUUAGAUGCUGAAGUAUCAACAUUAUCCAAAACUGAUGUUAUGCUUUCAUUUACUAUUGAAGUUGUUGUUAUGGAAGUACGUGGUCUAAAAUCAUUACCGUCCAAUCGUAUUGUUUAUUGUACAAUGGAAGUUGAAGGUAGUGGUGAAAAAUUACAAACUGGUCAUGUUGAAGCAUCAAAACCAUUAUGGGCAACACAAGGAGAUUUUCAAACAUCAUAUCCAUUACCAGCAAUUAAAAUAAAAUUAUAUGCUGAAAGUCCAGGAAUUUUAAGUUUAGAUGAUAAAGAAUUGGGUAAAGUUAUUAUUAGGCCAACACCGCUAUCACCAAAAACACCCGAAUGGUAUAAAAUGAUUGUACCAAAAAAUGCAGCCGAUCAAGAUUUAUCAAUAAAAAUUAUAUUACGUAUGGAUAAACCACAAAAUAUGAAACAUUGUGGUUUAUUAAUGGCACAAGGAAAACAAUUAUGGAAAAAAUGGAAAAAACGUUAUUUCAUUCUGGUACAAGUAUCACAAUAUACAUUUGCAAUGUGUAGUUAUCGAGAAAAAAAAUCCGAACCAACUGAAAUGUUACAAUUGGAUGGUUAUUCAGUUGAUUAUAUUGAACCAAUACAAGAGCUUCCUGAAGGAAAAUAUUUUUUCAAUGCUGUCAAAGAAGGUGAUAGUGUUGUAUUUGCAUGUGAUGAUGAAAAUGAAUGUGCAUUAUGGGUAAUGGCAAUGUAUCGUGCAACUGGUCAAGCACAUAAACCAACACCAUUAAUACAAACAACUGUUCAUUGUAAAAAUUCAGCAAUUUCUAGGAUUCAAGGAGAUGCUGAUCGUGCCCGUAAACAUGGAAUGGAUGAAUUCAUACAGGCAGAUCCAUGUAAAUUUAAUCAUCAUCAAUUGUUUAGCCUAUUACAACGUGAAACAUUAAUAUAUCGUUUAAAUGAUCAAUAUUGUUCAAUGGGUUGGUUUUCACCUGGUCAGGUAUUCGUUUUGGAUGAAUAUGGUGCACGUUAUGGUGUACGUAGUUGUUUUCGUCAUCUUUCAUAUAUGCAAGAUCUAUUAGAUUUUGCUGAAAAAGGAAUAUUAAUUGAUCCAACAUUGAUACAUUUUAGUUUUUCAUUUUGUUCAUCACAUGUUCAUGGUAAUAUAAGCGCACCACCAAUGGGACAAGUUGCCUAUGAUAUAAGACCCGGAGGCAUAUUUACGGUAACAAUCGAAGAAAAAGAUAUGUAUAUGAUUAUAAAAGAUAGAUUGAAAAAUUUAUUGGAAUAUCAGAUAACAAAUUUUCGCUAUUGUUUUCCAUUCGGUCGACCAGAAGGAUCAUUAAAAUCAACAUUAUCAUUAUUAGAACGUGUUUUAAUGAAAGAUAAUUUAACACCAGCACCACAAGAAGAAGUACGUGGUAUUAUUAAAAAGUGCCUUGAAAGUGCUGCUUAUGUAAAUUAUAGUAAAAUAUCAAGAUCAGCUUGUAUUGAAGAAAUAGCACAAGAUCCUGAAUUAGAUUGUUCAACUAAAUUACAACGGCUUACACAUUUAGCCGAAAUGUGUGUUGAUCUUAUACAAGAAAAUAAUGAACAUUAUGCCGAGGUUUCCGUUGCAUUUGCCUGGUUUUCCGAAUUACUUGUCGAACAUUGUGAAACAUUUUGGACAUUAUUUGCUGUUGAUAUGGAUACAAUAUUAUCAUUACAACCACCCGAUACAUGGGAAAGUUUUCCAUUAUUUCAAGUUUUAAAUAAUUAUCUUCGUUUAGAUGAAAAUUUAUGUGGUGGUCGUUUUCAUAAUCAUUUAAGAGAUACAUUUGCACCACAAGUAAUACGUUAUGUUGAUCUUAUGGAAAAUACUGUUGGCCAGGCAUUAUUGAAAGGUUAUGAAAAAGAAAAAUGGGAUCUUAAAGGACCAUCUGGUUGGGCAACAUCCGUAGAAUUAUUUUGGAAAUUAAAUCAAUUACAAAAUUUUAUACAUGAUCUUUAUUGGCCUGAUGAUGUAUUUGCAACACAUUUAGAACAACGUUUAAAAUUAAUGGCUUGUGAUAUGAUUGAAACAUCAAUAAAUCAAACAAUGUUUGCAUUUCAACAAUGGGAACGAAAAGGAACAACACGUUGGACAACAAGUACUGAUUAUAUAAUACCAACUGAAAUGUGUACAAUGAUUAAUGUUGUUCUAGAAUCAAGAAAUCAAUCAUUAAAAUUAUGUACAUUUAAUGGUCAUGAUACGAAUCAAUAUCAUGCAAAAAUUGAUCACCUAGUGGAUAAUACAUUGAAUAUGAUGCAAAGUUGUAUGAUAAACAAGUUGAAUGGAAUCCUUGAAAAUUGUAUCAAUAAAUUAUCACGUUAUGAUGAAGGAAGUAUUCUGGCACCGAUACUUUCAUUGACGUACAAUAAAGGUGUAUCAAGCACCGGUAAAGAUGUUGGAAAAUCCUAUAUAAAUUUUAUUCGAAAUUCAGCCGAACAAUUACGACAAAAAGUUUGUGAUGAAUUAUGGGUACUUAGCUUUUUUGAGGCAUGGUAUGCAGCACAAAUAGAAUUGAUCAAUAAUUGGCUAUUGGAACGUAUCGAUAGUAGUUUACAUAUAUUUCAAUUAUGUGCCAUUUCAUAUAUUGUUCGGAAAAUGUACAAUGAUUUUGAACUACAAGGUAUUGCAGAGGAAAAAUUAAAUAUAGUUACAUAUAAAACAGUUAUGCAACGUAUACUAAUGGAAGAAGCAACAGCAUCCGUAUCGGCAAAUGAUCUUCAUCGUGAAAGUGAAGAUACUGAUGAAAGUCAUACAACAACAAACGGUGGUAGUGGUGGUGAACAAAUAACCGGUGGAAAUCGUUCAAGAAAAACAUCAACAUCAAUUUUAAGCGGAUCAUCAACAUCAUCAUUAUCAAAUCCAGAAAACUAUGUUAGCCGUUUACAGAAUGCAACAACAAAUGUUAUGGGUAGAAUAUCCGGUGGCCUAGGACGUGGUGUUAGUGGUUUUGGUGGUAUGGCCGGUGGUAUUGCCAAUAAAUUCUUAAAUAAUCUUUAGUUUCUGCAAAACAAAAAACAAAUAUUCAUUUGCAUAAAUUAUUUUUUAUCAUCAAGUGCACCUUAUAAUUACCAUUAUUAUCAUUAUCGGCACGAAAACCAAAAACAAACAAAAAACACAAAAAAUG